AACAAUAGUAAAAUAAAGUCCCGUUAGGGCUUUAUUCGGGACGAGUCCCAGGAGCGUAGUCAAUACAAGCAAAGUCCAUACACGAAGAUCCAGCCAAACAAAUACAAAACAAACAAAAAGCACAGUGCCGAGGGAAGAGGCAAUCUCGUAGUCGGUAGGCGUGCGGGGAGGUCCGGUAGCAGGAGAGCUGUCAGCGGGGCAGAUGAACAGGCGGACGGCAGGCAGAGGCGUAGUCGUGGGCGAAGCGGGAGUCGAAACCAUGAAACAAUCAGCGGGCCAAAAGUACAAAAAAAACGCAAUUGAAUGUCAGAAAAUGGAAGGGAGAUUGAAGCAGAUCGACGCAGGGAUAGGUCUUGUUCUUGGAGUGAAUUCAGAUAACAAAAUCUACAUCCUUCUUGGGAAAACCUGGACCCAGGUGCCUGGGACCCUGAAGCAUGUUUCUGUGGGAUCCUCUGGGAUCUGGGGGGUCCAGCCUGACAACACCAUCCACAAGUUUGUUGGGGGCACAUCUUGGAUUAAAGUGCCAGGCAGCCUGGUACAAGUGGAUGCUGGAGGAGAUGAGUUUGUGGCAGGGGUCAACGAAAAUGAUAAUCCGUACUGUUUGAACCGGGACCCCGCUAUGAACUUCAGAAGCGCAAGCUCUGAAACACCCUGGGUUAAGGUGGCUGGGGUUCUGUCAUACUACAGCUGUGGUCCCAUUGCCUGCUGGGGCACCAGUCAUGACCAGAGGAUCUGGUUGCGGGAGUGGACCAGUCCGAUACAGUGCGAGGGCACGGUGGGCGACCAUAGGGAAUGGGUGCUGGUUCCAGGGGAGUUGUCGAUGGUUGAGGUGGGAACGGAUGGCAGUGUCUAUGGAGUCAAUGCAGAGGGAGUUGUAUAUUACAGAGAUGGCAUCACAGAAUUUCAACAAGCAGGAACACAAUGGGUGGAGCUGUCCGAGGCUGGCAAGGCCAAGCACGUGAGCUACGACUUGGGGUUCCUGUGGGUCAUCACUCCAGAAGAGGAGAUCCUGAAGUGUGCUGUUGACGAGUUUGCAUCCCAAAUGACUAUUUUAUUGUCAUAAGUAUCCUUAAACAUGCAGUAGUGCCUGACAAACGCAAUUCUCGUGAUUAAACUGCAGUUUGCAUUUCCCUUCAUCUUCUUCAAUAGAUGGGGGCUGCCUUGCAUGGUUGGUGCCUUGCAUGGCAGCCAGAGCUGUUGGUGUGUGAGUGUAUGCGUAAAUGAGUGAAUGAGAAGCAUCAAUUGUACAGCGCAUUUGGAUAAAGGCACUAUAUAUAUAUGCCAACCAUUUACCAUUUAA